AUGGAAAAGACUCUGGCAAUCAUCACCACUUUCGCUACCAUGACCAAGAGAACUCAGCGCAGACUGUUCUCUGAUGAGCGUUUGGAUUUCACUCGUGCAGUGUUUCUUUUUACUUGCAGUCUGUCAUACCGAUCGGCUAAUCCUGACCCCUCGAAAAGCUGUUGGAAUAUUUUAGGAUUUGCUAUACGCAUGGGGCAAAGUAUAGGUCUCCAUGUUGAAUCGGCCCCUAACUCAGCAGAGCGUGCACAUUGGCGACGCACUUGGUAUGCAAUGUACGUCUUGGAUCGACUACUUGCUCUCCAGUUGGGGCGACCAAUGGCUAUCCAUGAGUUUGACUUUCAGGUGGAGUUGCCUGGCGCAAGUGACCAAACCCCAUUUGUACCUUCUGGCGGGCCCGAGGUCCCUGGUCCUGUCGCUCAGGAUCAUAUGAUGGAUUACUUCAUUGAAGUAAUUCGAUUCUCACAUAUCGUUGGACAGGUUAUCAGGCUCUUGUAUCGCCCAUCGCAGAUUGACUUAUCGCCAGAUAAAAUACUUCACAGCGCAUCUAAUCUAGAUCAACGCUUACUUGAAUGGAAAACAAGUCUACCACGGCAUUUACGAUUCGAUUUAGGGCAUACUUUCGAGAAUUCCAUGUCAUUCAGACGUCAGCGUAACAUGCUUGCAGUGAAGUUCCACCAUCUUCGGGCGCUGAUCCACAGGCCCUUCUUGUGCUUACCACUCCUACAAAUGAAUAACCAGUCAUUCAUGAACUUGCUUAUUCAGGACAAGGGGCUUAUCUCCCAAGCGGAGUCUAUAUGUGUCCACGAAGCUCAACAAACAGCUCACCUGCUUCACAAUGUAGUAGACGAACGCAGCUUAGUUCACGAUUUCCCAUGGUGGCAGAUGAUAUCAUGCCUCAUCUGCGCUAGCUCCAUUUUAUUUGUGGCAGAAAGCUUCUACGGCAGCAAUAACUGUUCAGAAAGCGGCAAAUCGUCCUCACAGAGUCUACGGGAAGAUGCUGCAACAUGUUUAAAGGUUUUCGAGGCUCUUAGUGUGAACUCUGCCGCGGCUAAAAAAGCAGCAGAUAUAUUACAAGGCCUUUCUCGGAUGCGUCGAUCAUCGGAAGAAUGUAUGGCUACUGAGAGGUCACGUUUGAUGGAAUUUUACUAA